AUGGGUGACUGGUCGAAUGGUCUCUGCGGCUGCUUCAGCAACUGCACGCUAUGCCUCGUGACAUGUCUAGUGCCGUGCAUGGUCAUCGGAAAGACUGCCGAGGCUGUGGAUAAGAGCUGUGUGAUGUGCUGUCUGGCUAGCAUGGUGCCCAUCCUCAACAUCUUGUGUUUCUUGCAAAUUCGCGGCGACGUGCGUGAGAAACAGAACAUUGACGGCAGCUGCUGCGGCGACUUGCUCUAUUUCCUCUUCUGCCCGUUCUGUUCGGUGGUACAGACGGCCAACGAAGUCGGCGUCUUCUCCUAA